AUGACAGCUGUCGACUCGAUACCGAACACGCUUUAUAUAUCCCAACGAGCAGCAAAUGCAAUAAUAGCCGUAGUAGCAAACUACCACAUCUCAAUUGAAGCCUUAGAAGCCAUAAAUGUUUUCCUUGAUGAAUUCCUCUAUUCUAUCCUCAAUACAGCCCAAUCGUUAGCACUCGAUCGCAUAAAACGCUCAAUAUCAACAGUCCUCCCCACCAAUUUGGGCAAAAAAGCCGUACUAGAAGCCGAGCUUGAACUCAAAACCUAUGUCGAAUCCGGUGCAUCCGAUCACACCAAGGAACGAACUGUUCAUAUAACUCCGUUUCCUCUGCAAAAAAUCUACGAGCAAUUUAGAGUAAAGUGUCAAUUUUACAGUACCCUUGGGGAAAAGGGAGCUGAUGAACGUGAUCAUCGUAAUGUCCCGGAUUUAUAUGGCACGGAAGGAAUUCAUAUUGCUCCUAGCCUGGCUAUCUAUUUGACAGCAAUAUUAGAAUAUGUCGGAGAGCAUGUUUUGAUUAUGGUUGCAAAGAUGAGCGAGAGGAAUAACGUUGAGGUGGCGAGGCUAAGGGAAGUGCAUGCAGCUUUGACACAAGAUGCACAAGUGUAUUCCUUGUUUAGGAGAAUGAAGUUGAGGGAACAAUUGCAGCUCGCCAGCCCGAACCCAUCAGAUCCAUCAUCACCAAAUUUUCCAAAAUCUCCAUUAUCUACACCGACCUCAUCUGGUAUUUCCAGCGGGCGGCCAUCGUCAGACUCACUCUAUAAUUCGAAUAGUGCCCUUCGGUCUCCGCCUUAUAGUCCGUUAUCAUCACCUCGUGGAUACGAGAACGGGAAUGAUGUACCUCAAAAAAUCACACCUCAACAGACAAUGAUUCGCCAUACCUCUGCAGAUGGGUCUCUUAAUCGGAGAGAAUCGGAUCAGAACAAAGAAAUGAGGAGCACAAAGAGUAUGCAGAGUUUGGGAAAUCCGGUACAACGCCCUGCUUCUAGCGAGGAAGAAGCAAGAGAAAAAGUAAAAUCGCUGGAACACCUGAUUAUGUCGGAUUCGAAAACUACUGUUAAAGUAACUUUGACACCUAACCGGCUAAUUACGAUCGAGAGUGUAAAAAAAGCGCCCCCAAGACCAGUCCCUCGCGCUCCCGUAUUACCCGGCUCUAUGCUUCCCACAAAUGGAUCGAGCACUAAUGACGACGAUAUCUCUGACGAUGAGCUAAUGUAUCCUGGACAAAAACGCAAAAAGAAGGAGCUGGAAGAGAGUUUUAUUGAAUUUCUUAGAAACACUAGCCCCGAAGAUGUUCUAGGAAAUUCAAAACCAUCAGCGAGGAGAGGCAACUCUGGUAUAAAGAAAGGAAGAAUGAAUAAGUUAGAAGCGAUUUCAGAAACCCCAAGACAAGGAACAGGGGGAAAAGGAUCUACUAAUGGAUCAUCGAAUUACACGCCACUGGUUUCGGGGAAGGGCUUUUCAUCGACCUCACCUACCUCACCAACAUCACAAUCUCGGUUUGAAAACAAGCAAUCGCUAUCCGAGAAACCUUACUCCCAAACUAGUUACAGUUCUGGAUUUCAAUCAUCGCAGACCAAAACUAGACGGAGACCCGAUCCAUUAACGAUCGACGAUGACGACGAUGAUUACUUACCACCACCUGGACAGAGAAAGUCGCAUUCUGCUCAAGCUUUAAUGGAUUUCCUUGCGACGACACCACCGGGUGAAAAAACGACGUUUAACGAUUCGUUCAGGGAACAGAAUAAGAAAAAGUCAUCAGCUGCCACUACAACAAAAUUUGGCAAGUUUUUCUCACGGUUGCGUAAGACAUCGUUUUCUGACGACACAAGCAGCAUCACAGGAUUAUACAAUGGUCAUUCGGCAAAUUCUUCUGUCAACACUCUUACGAGUCCACAUACGUAUCCUUCAGCCUCUCGUUCGUUUGCAACGCCAAAAGCGCGCUACAUUAAAAUUGAAAUUCCCGAAAUACCAACACAGCCUGCACCUCCUGAACCUAGCGUAUUUGAUCAAGUCGAAGUACAGGGACGGCAUGCUAGGAAUCUAAGCAAGACCAAUUCGAUAAGUUCGCGAAGUACACCAACGCCGAGUCGUACUACGUUUGCAGAACGAAGGAAAGAAAGCACAGAGUCGUUUAAUGAUGAGAAAGUGGUUAAUGGAAAUAAUAGUGGAAGUGGGAAUGACAUGUAUAAGGGUUAUUCAAAUUCUGGAAAUUCACAUGUUUAUGAUACGACAGUGCGUGCAUCUCAAAAGGAUAAUAGUGCUAAAUUACAAUACGGAAAGAACAUCGAUACCGUAGAACCCAUGACAAGUAACAUGACGCAACAAAACCAACAAUUACAACAGCAGCAAGUACAAAGAGUACAGCAGCUAGCCCAAGCUGGACAGACGGGGCAGACGACUCAGAAGAAACCGCGUCCUCUUCCACCCACACCAACGUCGAGAUUAGAAAACCAGAAAGAAUUAAAGGGAACUGUAGAGUCAGGCACUGUACAGAAUAAGCAGCCAGAGUCUCAACCACAAACAACAACAUCUCGACGGCAUCCAUUACCGGGUAUCCCUGCAAAGAAAUCUGCUACUUCUCUCGCAGCACAGGCAUCGAUAUCAACGACAGGAACGGCUACGACUGUCGUAGCAACUGCGGCAGAAACAACAAAACGUCUAAUUACGGCCCCAUCCACAACUCCAUCAAUAACCCCAUCAACAUCUCCACCCACAAAAUCAUCCAUAAUUUCAUCUGCAUCUAAAACUCUAUCGACCGCUUCAUCCACUAAAACUACAAUUCAAAACACCAGACCUACUAAACCCAUACAAGACCGUCAAGGGAAUGUGCAAAACUUAAAGAGCGAGAAUGUGGAAAAGGUUGUGAGAGAAAUAAGUGCUGUGAAGAACAACAAGGAAUCGGAGGAAGUAUUAGCAAAGACAGUAGAUGCGAAGGAAACAAUACCCAAAAAAGUGGCGCAAUCACCUGCUCAACCAGAAUCACACCCUCAACCAGAAUCACACCUUCAACCAGAAUCACACCCUCAACCAGAAUCACAUCCUCAACCAGAAUCACACCCUCAACCAGAAUCACACCCUCAACCAGAAUCACACCCUCAACCAGAAUCACACCUUCAACCAGAGGCUCUCCCUCAAACAGAAUCCCUUCACCCAUCUCGCCCGCAAUCUCACCGCGUAUCCACAGCCGACGACCUUUUGUGCGAGUUCAUAGAUGGUAGGUUUGACAUACCGACCGUCUUAGAGACCGAGGCCAUGUUCGAAAAUGAGAAAGAGGAGAUGGAAGCAACGCUGUUAGUCGAAUGGCUAUUGAAUACAGGCAGUAAUUUCAGAUAUUAUGGAAGGAUAAUUGCUUAUUACUCUUAG